AUGAAGCCACUUCCGGUUGUCACCCUUUGGUGGGUGCUACUGCUGGUGCCCAGGCUGGGGGCCACCAGGAAGGGGUCCCCAGAAGAGGCCUCCUUCUACUACGGAACGUUCCCACCCGGCUUUUCCUGGGGCGUGGGCAGUUCUGCCUAUCAGACAGAGGGCGGCUGGGACCAGGACGGAAAAGGACCCAGCAUCUGGGACACCUUCACACACAGCAGGAAGGGGAAGGUACUUGGGGACGAGACAGCAGAUGUGGCCUGCGAUGGUUACUACAAGGUCCAGGAGGACAUUGCCUUGCUGAGGGAGCUGCACGUGAGCCACUACCAGCUUUCCCUGUCUUGGCCUCGACUCCUGCCCACGGGUGUUCGAGGUGACCAGGUGAAUGCGAAGGGAGUCAAAUUCUACAACGACAUCAUUGAUGCCCUUCUGAAGAGCAACAUCACCCCCAUGGUGACAUUACACUACUGGGAUCUCCCGCAGCUGCUCCAGGUCAAAUAUGGCGGGUGGCAGAACAUGAGUCUGAUCAACUACUUCAAUGAUUACGCCAAUCUGUGCUUUGAGGCCUUUGGGGAUCGGGUGAAGCACUGGAUCACUUUCAGUGAUCCUCGGGCAAUGGUGGAAAAAGGCUAUGAGACGGGCCAUCAUGCACCAGGUCUGAAGCUACAUGGCACGGGUCUGUAUAAGGCAGCACAUCACAUCAUUAAGGCCCAUGCUCGAGCCUGGCAUUCUUAUAACACCACGUGGCGCAGGAGGCAGCAAGGCUUGGUGGGGAUUUCGUUAAACUGUGAUUGGGGGGAGCCUUUGGACAUCAGAAACCCCGAGGACAUAGAGGCUGCAGAGAGAUACCUACAAUUCUGCCUGGGCUGGUUUGCCAACCCCAUUUAUGCUGGUGACUAUCCUCAAGUCAUGAAGGACCGUAUAGGAAGGAAGAGCACAGAGCAAGGCCUGGAGAUGUCAAGGCUACCAGUGUUCUCAGUCCAGGAAAAGAGCUACAUCAAGGGCACAUCAGAUUUCCUGGGAUUAGGUCAUUUUACUACGCGGUACAUCACAGAAAGGAAUUACUCCUCCCGCCAGGGGCCCAGCUACCAGAACGAUCGUGAUAUAAUGGAACUUGUUGACCCAAACUGGCCAGAUCUGGGGUCUAAAUGGCUAUAUUCUGUGCCCUGGGGAUUUAGGAGGCUCCUCAAUUUUGCUCAGACUCAGUAUGUCAAUCCUCCCAUGUAUGUGACGGAAAACGGAGCUUCUCAAAAAUCAGACUGUACUCAUCUCUGUGAUCCGUGGAGAAUACAGUACCUUAAAGGAUACAUAAAUGAAAUGCUAAAAGCCAUCAAAGACGGCGCUAACAUAAAAGGGUAUACCUCCUGGUCCCUGCUGGAUAAGUUUGAAUGGGAGAAUGGAUACUCAGAGAGAUACGGAUUCUACUACGUCGACUUUAAGAGCAGACAUAAACCUCGCUAUCCAAAGGCUUCUGGGCAAUAUUACAAGAGGAUUAUCAUUGCCAAUGGGUUUCCAAAUCCAAGAGAGGUGGCAAGUUGGCACCUCGAAGCUUUGGAAACUUGCUCUAUCAACAACCACAUGCUUGCUACAGAGCCCUUGUUAAAUCACAUGCAGAUGGUUACGGAGGCUGUGGUACCCACGGUCUGCGCCCUCUGCAUACUAAUUGCUGCAGUUCUGCUGAUGCUCCUUCUUCGGAGGCAGAGUUGA